AUGUCAGGCAGAUUCAGAGGGGGUGGCCGCGGAGGUCCUCCUAGAGGAAGGGGAGGAAGAGGAGCAAGCAGAGGUGGUGGAAGAGGAGGAAGUAGAGGUGGUGGGAGAGGUGGAAGAGGAAGAGGAAAUAAGCCUUUUAGGGGUGGCCGAAAGUUCGAUAGCCAAAGGCUUGCGGAGAUUGAGGAAUCAGACAGUGAGGUAUCGGAAGAGGAACAGCCUUCACCAGGUGAGGAUUCUCAAAAUGAAGAGUCCGAGCCAGAGGAGCAAGAAGAACCGGCACCCAGCAGACCCUACUUUGCUUUAAUGCAGAGUUUAUCAAAGGAAUCAUCCGCUCCUAGUGCUAAGAGGAGAAAGCUUGAUCAUCACCCCGAGGAUAACAAGUCAAGCGCAAAUUCUGAGCAACCGGAGACUGUUGCUGUUAAUGAGGAUGAAGAGCAAGACAUUGACCUUGUGGAGGAAGUUGAGGAGGGGCCAGAAGAUGAAAUAAUAGGAGAUGCUGAUGAUGAAGAUGAUAUUCCAGACUCAUCUGAUCCAUUUGAAACUCAUUUUGUCAAUCCCAACCAAGAUGGACUGCCAAAACUCAUUAAGGCUAUCCAAUCAAAUGAAUAUACUCAAACGCACUCAGACCAAAAUGGCUGGAGGAUAAUAAGAAACCUCCCUGGCAAAGACUUAACCCAAUCAACACCACUUCCACCCUCUAUAUCCGGACCAUCGAGUUUGAAACUUAAGCAAAGGCUUGCCGAGACAAUUGAUCGAAAACGACCAACUUUCGACAAACUGGAACAGGUCCUCUACCCAUUAACUUUCGCUUACAACGAUCUUCUAUUCUGCGGGCGUACAGCUAAGAAUGCCGAGAACUUGAGACGAAUGGCAUGUCUCCACAGCGUAAAUCACGUCUUCAAAACUCGUGAUCGCGUUAUCAAGAAUAACGCCAAACUCGCAAAAGAGGGCGAGAACAGCGGCUUCGAACCGAGGGACCAGGGUUUUACACGGCCAAAAGUCCUCAUGAUAUUGCCAACCCGCAACUCAGCCGUCAAGAUGGUCAACACAAUCUGCUCCCUAUGCGAACCAGAGCAACAGGAAAACAGGAAACGCUUCGACGAAUCAUACCUUGACAAAGAGGCCAAAUUCGCAACAGACAGACCGGAAGACUUCCGAGAGCUAUUCGAUGGCAACGAUGACGACAUGUUCCGGAUCGGCAUAAAGUUCACACGCAAAACCAUCAAAUACUUCUCCCAAUUCUACAACUCCGACAUCCUCAUCGCCUCCCCCUUAGGCCUCCGCAUGGCCAUCGGCUCCGAAGAAGACAAGAAGCAGAAGAAAGUAGACUUCGACUUCCUCAGCUCCAUCGAGAUCGUCAUCGUCGACCAGGCCGACGCCCUACUCAUGCAGAACUGGGAACACGUCGAGUACGUGUUCGAACACCUGAAUUUGCAACCGCGCGAGGCCCACGACUGCGACUUCGGCCGCGUCCGCGAGUGGUAUCUCGAAAGCCAGGCCCCGCACUUCCGGCAAACCGUCCUCCUCUCCGCCUUCAACACCCCCGAGCUCGCGGAGCUGCACCGCAGAUACGGCACGAACUGGGCCGGCCGUCUGCGCGUGCAGCCCGAGACCUACGGCGGUGCGAUCGAGGAACUCGGGGGCUUGGUCAAGGCCAAGCAGACGUUCUCGCGCUUCGAGGCGGCGAGCGUGGCGGGUGAGCCCGACGCUCGGUUCGAGUCCUUCACGAGCGCCGUGGUGCCGGCGCUCACGAAACGCGGGAAGGACCUUAGCGGCACCCUUGUGUUCGUGCCCUCGUACCUCGAUUUCGUCCGCGUGCGCAAUUACUUCGCGACGAACCCGGCGUGCGCUAACGUCACUUUCGGCGCUAUCAGCGAGUACGCCGAUGUGCCGGAGGCGUCGAGGGCACGCUCGCAUUUCCGGAACGGCAGACACCAGGUCCUGCUUUACACGGAGCGGGCGCACCAUUUCCGCCGGUACGCGAUUGGCGGCGUGAGGAGGGUUGUUAUGUAUGGGUUGCCUGAUAACCCGGUUUUUUAUAAGGAGGUUGUGGGCGGGUAUUUGGGGAGGAGUGAGCUGGAUUCGAAGAUUGAGCCCGGCCAGGGAAGUGUGAGGGUGUUGUUUUCGAGGUAUGAUGUUUUGAGGCUGGAGAGGGUCGUUGGGAGUAAGAGGGUUGCGAAGAUGGUUAGGGAUCGGGGGGAUACUUUUGAUUUUAUAUGA